UGCCCCAGAGGUUGGCGAGCGUUGCGGAAGGGGAGAAGAACUUCAGAGCCUCCCCCAGUCUGCACCCGAACGCAAAUAGCUCGCGGGCGCGGGUAUUGCGCACCGCAUUCCAACCGCCCCCAAGUGGGCAAGAGCCCGCUGCCCGUGGGUCGCUGAAGAGAGACCUGAGACCAUUGCAAUCCGGAUGCCCUUUGCGGAUAAAAGAUGUAUCAUGGAAUGAACCCGAACAGCGGAGAUCCGUUCUUAGAGAAGCAGGAGCAGCAGCAGCUCUCUCCACCGCAGCAUCAGCAGCGUUCCCAGUCAAGGCUCUCCCUGGUGGUCUUGUGGUUCCAGCUGGCUCUGUGCUUUGGCCCUGCACAGAUCACAGGCGGCUUUGAUGAUCUUCACGCUUGUGCUGACCCUGGAUUCCCCGAGUAUGGAUAUAAGAUGCCUGGUGCAGGUGUUUUCUUUGAAAGCUCAGUAGUCCGGUUCCAUUGCCAAGAAGGAUAUAGGCUUAAGGGUCCAUCCAAAAAGCUUUGUGUGAGACAUUUUAAUGGCUCUCUAAGCUGGAAGCCAAGUGAUAAACCUGUGUGCCUACAAGAAGUCACAGAUUGCCUUGCUCCAUUUGUUGAAGAUGCAGAGGUUCAUAACAAGACAUACAGGACUGGAGAUAAGUUAAUAAUCAGCUGUCUUGAAGGAUUCCAGAUCCGUUACCCUGAUUUAGACAACAUGGUUUCAGUUUGUCAAGACGAUGGAACGUGGGAUAAUCUACCCAUUUGCCAAGGUUGCCUGAGGCCAUUGGUUCUUCCUCAUAGUUACAUUAACAUAUCUGAGUUCGAGUCCUCCUUUCCAGUAGGAACAAUGUUAUAUUUUCAGUGCUUUCCUGGAUAUAAACUAGAGGGGGCAGAGUUCCUUGAAUGCAUGUAUAACCUUAUCUGGUCAGAUAGCCCACCUAGGUGCCUUGAAGUGGAAGUUUGUCCACUACCUCCUAUGGUGACUCAUGGAGAUUACAUUUGCCAUCCGCGGCCUUGUGAGCGUUACAACCAUGGAACUGUGGUUGAAUUCUAUUGUGAUCCUGGCUACACCCUCAGCAAUGAUUAUAAAUAUAUGACUUGCCAGUAUGGAGAAUGGUUUCCCAUUUCCUAUCAAAUAUAUUGUGUCAAAGCAGAACAAGCCUGGCCAAAUUCACAGGAGACUCUCCUGACGACAUGGAAGAUUGUGGCAUUCACUGCUACCAGCGUUCUACUGGUGCUUCUGUUAGUUAUUCUUGCCAGAAUGUUCCAGACCAAAUUUAAGACAACCUUCCUGCCAAGAGGUGCCCAGGAAAGUUGUAACAGCGCCCCUGACUUUGUGGUAGUAGAUGGUGUUCCUGUUAUGCUGCCAACCUACGAUGAAGCUGUGAGCAGCGGCUUGAAUGCCUUGGCACCAGGAUAUGUGUCCCCUGCAGGCCAGGGAUAUAUUUUACAGGAAGAUGAUCAGAACCCUCCAGCUUAUCCAGGGCCAGAGGAUUUGGACAGGUUGCCAGCUGAAUUUGAUACCUGUGAUAGCAUUUCAGGUUCCUCUGAACUACUUCAAAGUUUAUAUACAUCUUCUGUGUGUCAGAUGGGAGCGCAUCCUAUCUCGGAGAGAACUGAUGCUAUCAACAGCACCACUGCAGAAGUAGCAUCCACCAGCCCAAGCAUUGACAUUGCAGAUGAAAUCCCAUUGAUGGAUGAAGACCCUUAAUCUGCACAAAUCUUGUUGAUUACCUGCUCAUGCCUUUGUGGCAGGGUGGGGGGAAAGAAUCAUGCACAUAUGUAUACAUACAUACCUAUAUAUCUAUAUAAAUCUCUAUAUAAAGACUGCUUAAAGAUUUGGGGGAGGGUAUUUUUUGUUUUUAUAAAUCUUCCACAUGAUGUCACCAGAUUUUGUGCACAUAUCUUAAUCAACUUUGGGGGUUGAGAGCAUCAGCUAUUCAACAGCAGCUUUACUAAAUGAAUCCUGAGGAUUUGAUGAGACUAGUCACUGCAAAAGAACUAUAGAUUCAUGGAAUAGUGGUGAGUGUAUCUGCAUCGCAGGAAGUCCUAACUCUUUAGAAACACCAGUGAGAGUGAUACAGGUACAAACUGCUUAGUGAAACCAUGUCAGAAGGUGUAAAUUUUGCUUUAUUGAAGCUGCUUCAUAUUUAUGAUGGACCACAAUUUACAAAGGAAUCCUAACUUAUUGGAGGGGAAAUAAACAGUGUUGAAAUUAAAAUCAGAGAGAGGAAUGGUCUGUGCUGAGCAAGCUUGUGAAAGAAAACUCUUGUUUGGCUCAUGGUGGUGUCCGUUUAAAGAGGUGGUUGCAGCAAACAAAUCACCUAAGUCCAAGAAAAAGCUUUAUUAUUCUGUGUGACAUAUUAAUAGGAAAGAAAAAAAUAGCCCAGUUAUGAUCUAAAGAGAAGUUUAAAGUCAUUAAGAUUGUAUCUGCCAGAGGUGGCCAGUUGAGGCUCUCUAGCUGCUGUGGGAUUACAGCCUCCAUUGAAUUGUGUCUAGGGGUGAUGGGAGAUGUAGUCCCACAACCAUUGGCGAUACUCAGAUUGGCCACUUCUGGUACAGAAUGUUCAAAAUAAAGUACUUCUAUAUUUAAGAAACCUGACCAUUAAUACA